AUGCCCUUCAUCGUGCCUCCUGACACUACCCAUUUUGAUCUCAAUACCUUCAAGACAGAGUAUCAUCCCAAUGCUUGUCAUGAGCCUGUAAUCGAACAUUUUUCUGCAUUCAGGCAUGUUGAAGCUAACAAUGUGAGGCCACAUGUUGAUGACGAAGCACUGUGGACUCCAUUCAAAUCUCGCGCAGACUUUGAGUUUGCUGAAAUUGCGCAUCAAGCUACUCUCAACAAAGAUCAGACUGACCGACUUUUAAAGCUGGUUUGGAGGAUAGUAAACGGCAACACUAAUUUCACUUUAAGGUCUCACACUGAGCUGUUGAGAGCAUGGGAUCUUGCAGCGAGCCAGAUGACUCCAUUCGAGAAGUACAUUAUUCCUGUCCAGCAUAAGAAGGAGGUCUUAGAGUUUGAUAUGCACGUGUGGCCAUUAUGGGACUGGGCCAUGGAUAUGCUCAGUGAGCCAUUAUUGGCCCCGCACUUUGUAUGGGACAUGCAGCACUUGUAUAAACAUGACAGGACUGAUUACAAGUGCUUUAUCCAUGAACCAUGGACAGCUGACCACUGGUGGCAUAUCCAGUCGUCACUACCUAGCAAUGGAGCCCCAUUCGCCAUCAUACUAUAUGCGGACAAGACCCAUUUGUCCUCAUCUGGUGCAGUCAAAGGCUACCCUAUUAUUGCUCGCUGUGCCAAUCUACCAGUCCCUGAAGAUUCUGGAGAGGAUGGAAAACUAAGCUAUACAAAUCUCAAAUGUGUUGUCUGGCAUGAAUCGUUCUUCAAGUUACUCGAGUCCAUCAUCUUGUAUGCGAAGAUGGGCUUCAUGCAUGAGUGUGUGAUGGUGCUAAUAUGGGGGACAAACUGCCACUGUCCAUGCCCUGUCUGCCUCAUCCCUGCAACAAAACUAUAUGACCACACCAUGACAUACCCUCUCUGGACUGCUGAAGAAGUGCAAGCUCAUAAUGUCUUUUGGAGAGUCCUGAAUUCAGACCCACAUGGAAUCAUUUCGCAGGAUUCACUCCACUUGUGGCACAUGGGAUUAUUUGGUAGGCACAAGUUCGAAGACCUUAAGAAACGUGUAGAGAAUCUGGGGUGUGAAGCACUGAAAAAGGUUGAUGAUCAGUGGCAAAUUCUGUAUGCAUCUCACAACAUACUCACACACAGCAAAGACAGGGCUAGCUAUGCACUCUUGCAGUGCAUCACAAGCUAUCUUGAACUCGAUAUGUAUAUUUUGCUUGAUGUGCACACUACUGAUACCAUUGCCACCAGGGAGGCAGAACUACUGGUAUAUCAAAAGCUGUUAGAGAGAACAAAGAAUUGGAACUUCCCAAAGGUACACAGUGGGAGGCAUAUAUUUCGCGAUGUCCUAGAGAAAGGUGCUUCCCUGGAACUUCACCCUAUCAAGUGUGCAUAUUUACGCCAGACCAAUCACAAAGAUGUUGCUAACCAGCUUUUGAAAUUGGAUCAUAUUUCCCUUGUCUCUGAGCUCAUCCACAGUUGCAUCAACCACCUCAACAAAGAACACCUCAGACACCUUUUAUCAGAGAGAGAGCUCAAAGAUGAUGAAAAUGAAACCAAGGAUGAUCAGAUGUUUGCAGGCCACAUUCACCUUGGUUCCCCGCAGUCUCCUAUAGGUUUUGACCUACUUCACGAACAUCGCUACCUCAAAGUAAAUUAUGAGUCCUUCAUUGACUGGAAAUUGGCCACUGACUAUCUUAGAUGUAACCCUAGUUUCUAUGGCCAUGAAUGGCGCGAUUGCACACUGAUACGUAGCCACAACAAGGAUGGGAAUGACCGAAACAUUUUUUAUGUUGUCAGCGAGCAGACUUUGGACCUCGCUUUGGUUCAACCCAUGGACUCCCUGCUCAGUACACGAUGUACUGCAGAUCGGGAUCUGCGCUUCACUCGUCUUCAUGCACGACCCACAGCUUCAUCUGAGUUUAUUUCCCUUCAUUCAAUCAUUCAUGGUGCUCUACUUGUCCCCAGCUAUGACAGCAAUACAGACUUUUUUGUUGUUGACUAUGUGGAUACAGAUAUGUUCCUCCAUUCUCGAAGAAAAUUCUUUUAG